CUCUUAAUCCUCAACUCUUUUUACUCUCUACUUUUUGGUCCAAUCUUCUCCGAUCUCAUCAUUUUCAAUACAAACCUAAGUCAACUUUCCAUUGUUUGUUUGUUGAAGAUUUUCCCCCUUUUUUCUUUAAAGGGUUUGUUGAAGCAGUUGCGGUUGUGUAGUACAAAAAUCAAUUUCGAGUUAUUGUACUUUUUUUUUUUGCAGUACAAACCAUAUUUUGAUUUCCCACUCUGGCUGCCUCGGCUGUUAUUGGAUCAUUUGACUAUAAAAAAAAAUUGGGGAUUGUUGUUAUUCUGUCAUGUAAUUGCAUUGAGAGUCAGCAGAGAUGACUAGAAGAUUGAAAAUUCAUCCAUUUAUUUGAGUAUCUUGGUCUGAAAAACAGGCAAAACAACUGUCCCCAAGUCAAUAGUUUUGAAUUUUCAUCUAUAAGAUAGCUGAAUCUGAUUGGAUUGAAGAGUUUGAUUAUUCAAAUGGGGAACUCAAACAUAGAAGAAGUGCAAGAAAUUGAAACUGCUGAAAGUAUAGAGGAAGAGAAGACUCAUGAUGAGGCAGAAAAUGUAAAAAGAAUUGCGCCUUGGAGUAGACAGAUUACAAUCCGGGGUGUUGUUGCAAGCAUAGCAAUAGGAAUUAUGUACAGUGUAAUAGUGAUGAAGCUUAAUCUUACAACAGGUUUAGUCCCAAAUUUGAAUGUCUCUGCUGCUCUUAUUGCAUUUGUCUUUAUAAAGACAUGGACUACGUUGCUUGAGAAAGCUGGAAUUGUAUCCACUCCCUUUACACGGCAGGAAAAUAGUGUAAUUCAGACAUGUGCCGUGGCUUGUUACAGCAUUGCUGUUGGAGGCGGCUUUGGAUCCUACUUGUUUGGUUUGAGCAGGAAGACAUACGAGCAAGCAGGCGUGGACACAGAAGGAAAUGCUCCUGGAAGUACCAAAGAACUUGGAAUUGGUUGGAUCACUGCCUUCCUCUCUGUCAGUAGUUUUGUUGGACUUCUUGCCUUGGUUCCCCUUAGAAAGAUCAUGAUUCUAGACUAUAAAUUGACUUAUCCAAGUGGAACCGCAACUGCUGUUCUCAUUAAUGGUUUCCACACACCAAAAGGAGACAAGAUGGCGAAGAAGCAGGUUCGUGGAUUCAUGAAAUACUUUUCAUUUAGUUUUCUCUGGGCACUAUUCCAAUGGUUUUAUUCUGGGGGAGAGAAAUGUGGAUUUGCACAGUUUCCUACAUUUGGAUUGAAAGCUUGGCAAGAUUCGUUUUACUUUGAUUUCAGCUUGACCUAUAUUGGAGCAGGGAUGAUAUGCUCCCAUCUUGUGAACUUGUCGUUACUUCUUGGUGCAAUUCUUUCUUGGGGCAUAAUGUGGCCCUUAAUGAAGGGACUUAAAGGGGAAUGGUAUCCUGGAUCUCUUCCAGAGAGUAGUAUGAAAAGCCUCAAUGGUUACAAGGUAUUUGUAUCAAUUGCUUUGAUACUUGGAGAUGGGCUUUAUCAUUUCCUUAAGAUUCUGUAUUUCACUGGCUCAAGCAUGUAUGCAAAAGCAACCAACAAGAAGCUGAAAACAUUCCCGGAUGAUUCAAUCCAAACUUCUGAUGAUCAUCGACGAAAUGAAGUGUUCUCGAGAGAUGGUAUUCCGAUAUGGGUGGCAAUCACAGGCUACAUCUUCUUCUCCAUUGUCUCUAUCAUUGUUAUCCCAAUCAUGUUCUCGGCGGUCAAGUGGUACUACAUAGUUGUUGCCUAUACUUUGGCGCCGUCUCUUAGCUUUUGCAAUGCAUAUGGUGCGGGUCUAACUGAUAUGAAUAUGGCUUAUAACUAUGGGAAAGUGGCUCUGUUUGUGCUUGCUGCCAUGGCUGGUAAAAAUGAUGGUGUAGUUGCAGGACUUGUAGGUUGUGGUUUGAUCAAGUCUAUUGUUUCCAUCUCUUCUGAUUUGAUGCAUGAUUUCAAGACUGGCCAUCUCACACUUACAUCUCCAAGAGCCAUGCUUUUAAGCCAAGCUAUUGGCACAGCCAUAGGCUGCAUCGUAGCUCCUCUCACAUUCUUUAUGUUCUACAAGGCUUUCGAUCUCGCCAACCCAGAUGGUGAAUACAAGGUCCCAUAUGCCAUCAUAUAUCGAAACAUGGCUAUUUUAGGAGUUGAAGGUUUCUCAGCUCUGCCACAGCAUUGCUUGCAGUUGUGUUAUGGGUUCUUUAGCUUUGCCAUAGUAGCCAACUUGAUGAGAGAUCUUACCCCUAAAAAAAUCGGGAAAUGGAUCCCACUGCCAAUGGCCAUGGCUGUGCCUUUCCUUGUUGGGGCUUAUUUUGCGAUCGAUAUGUGCGUGGGGAGCCUGAUCGUGUUCGUGUGGCACUAUCUAAAUCGUCGAAAGGCUGAAUUGAUGGUUCCGGCCGUUGCUUCUGGUUUGAUAUGUGGAGAAGGUUUAUGGAUUCUCCCUUCAUCAAUUCUUGCCUUGGCUAAGGCAAAGGGGCAUUAAUGAAGACCACUGCUCAAUUCAGAAAUUUUGAGAAAGCAACUCAUUGUGGAAACUGCUGGUUACUAUGGGAAGACCUUGCAAGUUACCAACACCAACAAACUUUUCAAUGACAAUUAAACAGAUGGAAAGCAGGCAAAAGUUGAAAAAACUGUUCACACGAGUAUAAAAAUUGAUGCUGUAGAAUUUGGUCGAUCGCCAACUCCACCGAACAAUUUUGUCUGAAUGACCACAUUGAUUUGACCAAGAAUCUUUAGGAUGAGUUUGGACCAUUUUUGUGAGACAUGAAUUGAGAUCAAUCAAUUAACUGACAUUCAAUUCUAGUAUUUAAGAACAUUGAUGUAUUGUUGGGGUUGUAUCGUCAAUUAUGAAAUAAACAUUUUGAAAAUUGUGCCAA